CAAAAAAGAAGAAGUUUCCCUUCGCUGCUGUGUCGGCGUUGUACUCGGAAGGAACAGUUGUACGCCAAGGCUACUCUAUAAUCCUGACAGUAUUACAGUGAAAACAACUUUAAUGGCCAAGCUCCAGGGCUUUGAGUUCUGGAAGAAGACCCUGAAAGGAGCACGCUUUGUGGUGGCACCCAUGGUGGACCAGAGCGAGCUGGCUUGGCGCCUGCUGAGUCGCCGACAUGGUGCUCAGCUCUGCUACACCCCCAUGCUGCAUGCCCAGGUGUUUGUUCGCGAUGCCAACUACAGGAGAGAAAACCUCUACAAUGAGGUGUGUGAAGAGGACAGACCUCUCAUCACACAGUUUUGUGCCAAUGAUCCAGAGGUAUUCCUUCAGGCGGCCCUGUUGGCCCAGGACUACUGCGAUGCCAUUGACCUCAACCUGGGCUGUCCACAAAUGAUCGCUAAGAGAGGGCACUAUGGAGUUUUCCUACAAGACGAGUGGGAGCUGUUAGAGAAAAUGGUCAGGUUAGCCAAUGAAAAGCUCUCAGUGCCCAUCACAUGCAAGAUCCGUGUGUUCGAGGAGGUGGAAAAGACAGUCUGCUAUGCUCAGAUGCUGGAGAGAGCUGGGUGUCAGCUGCUGACAGUGCAUGGCAGAACCAAAGACCAGAAAGGAGCCAUGACAGGUGUUGCUAACUGGGCGCACAUCAGGGCCGUACGGAAGGCAGUCAGUAUUCCAGUGUUUGCAAAUGGCAACAUUCAGCACCUGAGUGAUGUGGAGCGCUGCAUUCAGGAGACAGGAGUGCAGGGAGUAAUGAGUGCAGAGGGGAACCUUCACAAUCCAGCACUGUUUGAAGGACGCAGCCCUCCGGUGUGGGAGAUGGCUGAGGAAUAUCUUGAGGUGGUGAAGCAGCAUCCCCCCUGCACUCUAUCCUAUGUGCGAGCCCACCUCUUCAAGCUCUGGCAUCACACGCUACAGAUCCACCAGGACCUGAGAGAAGACUUGGCCAAGGUGAAGACCCUUGAGGGUUUGGCUGGUGUCAGCCACCAGCUUAAGCUGCGCUGCCAGGAGGAGAUAGCCAAAGGACAGGAUGGGGAAGAGACGGAGGGUGGCCUGCCGUUUCCCCACUGGAUCUGCCAGCCAUAUGUCAGACCAGCGCCGAAGGAGCCAGUUGCAAAUGGUAACAGCCAGGGCUCAGAGGUGAGGAAGACUGUUUGUCAGAAGAGAGCACUGGAGGACACUGAUGGAACAGCUGACACACUCUCCAAAAAUAAGCAGAAGAAGAGAUCACGAAACCCCAACAAGAACUUCUGUCCCGAGCAGAAACCCAAGUACAUCAAAUGUGAGCAGUGUGGGAACCCAAAGGGAAAUAAAUGUGUCUUCAACCUGUGUCGAGGCUGCUGCAAGAAGAAGGCCUACAAGGAGGUGGCAGACUGUCCAAGCCAUGGGCUGAGGUUCAAGACCAAGGCAGAGAAACAGAAAGCUGAGGACAAGAGGAAGGAGGACGAGAGGAGGGUGGAUGAGAGGACUGAGGUCUUGGCGAUAGAGACAAAGAGAAGCAGCAGCUCUCCUCAGCCUAUCCCAUAUCCAAGUACAGAGCUGCAGGUGCAGUCCAAGAACCAGCUACCACUAUGAGCAGGACUAAGGCUAUCUCGACAUGUCCGCCUAAUCAAGGUCAUUUCUCUUGUGAUCAGAAAGGUUAACACCCUUGAAACAUUUGAUGUCAAAAAAUAAAAAAAAAAGGUCACACAACAUCUCCGCCAUCUUGGUCUUCAUCAAGUGGUCUUACUGCUGUUUAGUUGAGUCCAAAUGUUCAUCACAGUAAGAAUCUCUGGUGUCAGGCUGUUGUGUGGACCUGCUUUGAUGUAUUACACAAACUCCUGGGUUGUUUCAGGUGAUUGAGAGAGAUGCAAUUGAAACUUGAGGUAACAAGGUUAGUGUGUGCAUGUAGAGGUAGCGAAGGAUUAGUCAGGACAUACAGAAUAAACAGCUGCUAAGUAACUUCAGCAGGGAAGAGACCGAAGUAUGGAUGGACACUGAUCAGCACACCAAAACUGUAAAGUUACAGAACUAUUUUUUAUGUGGUGUGGAAUUUCUUUUUGUAUAAUGGGACAAAAAUUUUGCAACUAAUUCUGUCAUCUUUUAUUUUUAAAGCCUCUGGAAACCCAAAUCCACAAUAGCCUUCUAACUAUGUAAUUUAGGGUCUUAUGUACAUAAUAUUAUACAUGUAAAAACAAUUAGAAAUCAGUUUCCAUCCAAAUUCGAAAUAUCUGUCUUAUAAGUUUUUGUACAUUCUUGAAAUUGGGUUUGAUUUGGCCGUGGUUAUCUCUGAGAUUUAUUAUGCAAUAAAUUCCAAACCAAUCAUAAAUCAUCUGUCAGUUGUCUCAUCCCGCCCCCCAGUGGCAGUGCAACAAAACCUUUCUGCUCCAGCUAAAUCUGCCUCUUUGAGUCUGAGCCAACAAACAGCUUUCUAUUCUGAUGUUUAGAAAAUACAGAUCGUAAACUUGCUGAACCGCUCGGCUGUGACCCAGCGGAGGCUCUGCCUCUGGCGGGCUCCCAGCAGCACUCGAAUCAGGUUGACUGGCUCCAGAGCCCGGACAAUCCGAGCCUUUGCAGCUCAUGGAGCUGCAGGAAGAGGCGGCUUGUGAGCGGCCGGGCUUCCCCACCAGGCCCGGUGCCGGUGUCGGCUCGCGGGGAGGGGACGUAAUGUGCACCCUUCCUCACCCCUAACCCCAA